AUGCGUCUUCUGUUGAUACUGGCCUUGUUGGGCAUCGUAGCGGUGAUAACGGCCAUACCGGCUACUUUGGAGUAUUUGCAACGACCAACCUCUUUGUUAGCUGUAGCCGAUGCUGGAGACUUCCAUUCAAAUAAUGCCAAUCGUUUGGCUCGAUAUUAUGGUGGCGGCGGUUGGGGUGGUCGCGGAGGUGGAGGAUGGGGAAGUGGAGGAGGAGGAUGGGGAGGCGGCGGCUGGGGAGGUCGUAGAGGUGGAGGUUGGGGAGGUGGCGGCUGGGGAGGUCGUGGAGGUGUCGGUUGGGGAGUAUUGAUGGCUAUGGCGAAACCUCAACUAAAUUGUAAUCGUGGAUUUGGUGCUGGUGUUCCAGGAACACAUUUUGAUUGUUCCCAUAUUAAGCCUCAACGUAUACCAUCGAAAACGCCCUUUAAAACUGGUGAUCAAUUAUAUGAAGAACGUACACGUUUUUAA